UGUCAGCAUGAGGCUGCACAUUCACCUCUCAGAUGGCCCAGGGAACACUCCCUUUCACACUAGUGAGCCUUGCUACAAUGGCGGUACCUAUGAUGGAGGCAAAUGCAUAUGUCCAGAUAAUCUAUUUUAUGGCCCAAAGUGCGAGUUCCCUGUCGUGGAGAUCCCUGUGAAGCAGAUAACUGCAAAUGUAUUGGUUCAAGCCUCGGUGAAGGUCACUAACAGGAACUACAGUAACGAGCUCAAUAACACACAUUCAGAAGAAUAUAAACAUUUUGAAACUGAGUUUAAGAAGAAGAUGAGGGAGAUUUAUAAGGACAUCCCUGAAUACCAUGAUGUGGAGAUCUUUUACCUGAGACCAGGAAGCAUCAUUGUGGAUCAUGAAGUCAUCUUUGAAGCUAAUAUAACGAACAACAUUAGCAUCAUUAAUGCAACUCUUGAGAACCUGGGAAAGACCGCAACAGAUUUGGUGCUGGAUAAACUAACUGCCAUCAACAACACUGAAAAUGAUUGUAUGAAUGAUUUGUGCUUCGUUUCUCCACCUGAUCCAAUUCUUGGUGUGACCCCAGAUUUUUCACCAGAAGAAAACUGCAAAACUAUCAGUAAUGCUAAUUAUGCAGCUUACUAUUAUGCUAAUACUUCAACGGGCACCCUGCGCUGUCUAUCCAACUGUUCCAGUGACAACCCUGAUGCCAUCACUUGCAAGCAUGGAAUUUGUGCCAUAUCCCUAAGAGGUGCGCAGUGCAACUGUACGGACUUGGAUUUAUUUUGGUACUUGGAUAGCCACUGCAAUAGACGUUUCCAGAAGAGUGAGGUGGGCCUUGGACUAGGACUAGCUGUCCUCCUUGUGACAAGUGCCAUCUUGGCUUUCUUCCUCUUCAGAGCCAGACAGAGGAAGUCUACAUCAAGGUAA